UACUGAUAUUUCGAUUUUAGGUGGAGUGUUUUGCGAUUGAUCAAGUUGAAUUGGACGAAGAUCAUCCUGAAUCCUCGAAAUUUUUAUUGACUCCCGAGGAUCCUGAGCGUUCCGUGGAUCCUGAAACUCAAGCGCGUCUCGAGGCACUCCUUGAGGCGGCUGGUAUCGGAAAAUUGUCAUCGGGUGAUGGGAAGCACUUAGCCGACCACGAGGUGCUUCGUCGUUUAACAUCUAGUGUUUCUUGUGCAUUGGACGAGGCUGCGGCCGCAUUAACACGUAUGCGUAGUGACAAUCCACGUACGCCGAACGAAAAGCGUUCUCUCGUCGAGGCGUGCACCGACGGAGACGUUGGUACCGUUCGGAAAUUGUUAACAGAGGGCCGAAGCGUUCAUGAAACUACUGAGGAAGGAGAAAGCUUACUCUCCUUAGCUUGCUCAGCUGGUUACUACGAACUUGCUCAGGUGCUCUUGGCGAUGAAUGCUAAUGUAGAAGAUCGUGGUAUCAAAGGGGACUGUACCCCCUUAAUGGAAGCCGCCAGUGCAGGACACGUAGAUAUCGUGAGUCUGUUGAUCGCUCACGGAGCAGAUGUCAACGCUCAGUCUACUUCAGGUAAUACACCUCUUAUGUAUGGAUGCGCCGGUGGACAUGAAGAGGUUGUACGUGUCUUAUUAGAAGCGGGAGCUAAUGUUGAAGAUCAUAAUGAGAAUGGUCAUACACCCUUAAUGGAAGCAGCGAGUGCUGGUCAUGUUCAAGUUGCCAAGAUCUUACUUGAACACGGUGCUGGCAUCAAUACUCAUUCCAAUGAAUUUAAAGAAUCGGCAUUAACGUUAGCCUGCUAUAAAGGACAUUUAGAAAUGGUUCGCUUCUUAUUGGAAGCUGGCGCAGAUCAGGAGCAUAAGACUGAUGAGAUGCACACGGCCCUCAUGGAAGCCUCGAUGGAUGGUCACGUGGAAGUUGCACGUUUACUUUUAGAUUCAGGUGCUCAAGUAAAUAUGCCGACAGACAGCUUUGAAUCACCAUUAACAUUAGCUGCUUGUGGAGGUCACGUAGACUUGGCUAUGCUUCUGAUCGAGCGUGGAGCAAACAUCGAAGAAGUUAAUGAUGAAGGUUAUACUCCGUUAAUGGAAGCAGCGCGUGAAGGUCAUGAAGAAAUGGUCGCUUUACUUUUGAGUCAAGGUGCAAACAUCAACGCUCAAACUGAGGAAACUCAAGAAACGGCGCUUACCCUGGCUUGUUGCGGCGGUUUUCUGGAAGUUGCCGAUUUUUUAAUUAAGGCGGGGGCAGAUAUAGAAUUGGGUGCGUCGACACCUUUGAUGGAGGCCGCACAAGAGGGACACUUAGAUCUUGUGCGAUAUUUAUUGGAAUCUGCAGCGGAUGUUCAUGCUCAGACGCAAACGGGGGAUACAGCUUUGACAUACGCUUGCGAGAAUGGUCAUACUGACGUUGCUGAUCUGUUACUGCAAUUUGGCGCUGAUCUAGAGCAUGAAUCAGAGGGAGGUAGAACCCCACUAAUGAAGGCUUGUAGAGCAGGUCAUCUGUGCACAGUUCAAUUCCUCAUUUCGAAGCGUGCUGAGGUCAAUCGACAAACAACAAAUAAUGAUCAUACUCCUCUUUCAUUGGCAUGCGCUGGUGGUCAUCUUGCAGUAGUUGAACUGCUUCUAGCACAAUCUGCAAAUCCAUUUCAUAAAUUGAAGGAUAACUCCACCAUGCUGAUAGAAGCGGCAAAAGGUGGUCACACUGCUGUUGUUCAACUUUUGUUGGACUAUCCUCAUAGCAUUAUGAUGAGUGCUCCCCACAGUGCUGCUUCUGCGCCUAUGUUAUUACCACAACAACAACAACAACAGCAGCAGCAGCAACAGCAACAGCAUAUAAGUCACCAACAACAUGUACCUCAUCCUCAGCAAACAUCUACGCAACCGCAACAUCAACAACAACAACAGACCACUGAGCAACAAACGCAAAAUCUUCAACUCAAACAUAAUACACAAAAGUCAUUAUUGAGAAAGAAUCGAUCAGUGACUAUGAUGCCCGAUAUAAGCCUUACUUCUGCCGAAGCGCAACAGGUUCGUUCGCAGCCUGCAGGAGAACCGGCCGCUAUUACCAAGGACGAUACUAAUAUUCUCGAUAAAGGCAGUGGAGGGUUCACGAGUUUGUCAGAACCUAAUAUUAGUCUUAGUCCGACACCAACAGCGUCGACACAAGGAGUAAAUGUCACCGAAAGUCAGAAAAAUACUAGACAAGAGCAAAUCCUUCAUAAACAACAAAUACUUGAAGAAUUACAAAGGGUAGAGCGAGAAUUGCAAAUUAAGGGUGCAGGACAUUUAUUUACGGGUCCGCGAAGUUCCAUUGUAAAUCAAUCCCAGCAACAAGAUCCUAGCGAGACUGAGACAUUACUACCAGCCAUGUUAAAUAUUGACUUACCAAGUCAAUCGACAUCUCAUGGCUUAGUUUGCAGUACAACCGGUAUGACCGGCAAUUCGUUGACGUACCAAGGAACUAGCGAUGCAGCAUUGGUGUGCAGUGCUUACAUUGAUAGUAAGCUAAUGGGAAUGCAAGGUGCACACUAUCCGAAGAUGUCUGUAGCCCCUACCGCAAUGGAAACGUUCCCUACAGAUACUUUUCCUUCCUCGCCUCCAUUGUCUCUUGCGUCGCUGCCUGCUACGACCGCUACUAUGCCAUUGAUCACCACUUCCUCGACAACCACGCCGAGUCCGCCUAGCAUUUCUACUUCUCCGACCAUCAUAGCUGUUUCUCAAUCGCCUAUUACUGCAAGCAGUGACGUUAGUCAAAAUACUGCUAUAAGCGAUCGUCCAAAGGCCAAGCCUGUGUCCAAGAAAGAAGGGAAGAACAUACGAAAAGCCACAUCCGGCAUGGGAAUGGCGAAACUGCAGCAGACACAGGCCACCAUAAUGGCCGGGCUUCAACAGCAGUAUCAGCAAAAACAACGACAGCAUCCUUCUUAUCAAGUGCAACAAGUCCAACAGUUGCAGCAACUCAAUCAACAAUUGCAACUCCAGCUGGAUCAAGUGCAGAUACAACAAUCCCAGCAGCCACAAACGCAACCACAACAAUCUCACCAACAACCUCAUUCACAACAGCAAACAAAUGUAAUCGGUAAUAAUACGAAUAGUAUUUUAAUGCCCACUCAACUGAUGUCGCACUUGCAUCCUACACAUCACCAUUUGCAUAGCCAGCAACCGGCUCAAGAAAUUCUUUCUGAGCAAAUGGAUCCUGAAGCAAUGCGAAAGUACAAAGAAACACCUGCUUGCGCAUAUCUUACUGGAGCUCAAAAAUCUAAAACUUUCUCCACUAAUGAAAGAGUGUUGAAAUUGGAGGAUGGCACAGAUAUUCCAAUUGACGAUGCGUUUGAAAUUUUCCGCUCCAUCAAUUUCGAUGAUGCAGUUGAUACAAUAGAAGAUCAAGAAAAACUUGAGUUAAAAAGAUUGGAUAUGUCGAAUAACAAAGAACAACAACAGCAGCAGCAGCAGCAACAUUUGCAAACUCAGAUAGUACAGCAAAGUGGAAGUUCUCAUGUAACUCAAGAAUAUUUCACUAAUCCUGUGCUAUCUGUACCGUCAGUCUCUCUACCUACGUUACCAUCACUGCAAGUAACCAGUGCUGGUGUCCAGAUAGAGGCAGACAUAUCAGCGGGUUUACAACUAACAAGUACGCAAUCGUUGCAAAAUCCAGCGUUGAAGAAUCGUUUGAGAGCUUUCGAGGAAGGUUUUCGCCAGGGUAGCAUACAUUUUCGCGAAUGUAUGCAGCAUAUUAGCAGUGAUACCUUUCAGCCUCAAUUGUUGCUUCAAUCCUCUCAAAUAACAUUUCCUACGCAAACAUUACCAGCCGUGAGUGGAGCAACAGGAAUAAUAGACAGUAUACCGCCUCAUCAGUCAAGCAGUUAUGCACAAUCUACAACUUCUACCGCUAAUCAAGUUCAAGUCGCUACCCAGACCCAAGCACCUGCUACCACAACCUCUUCAAACAUUGCCACCGUCGAUAAAAAACAAGUGUACACUGCGCCGAUAACCGGUAAGAGUAAGAAGACCAGAUAUCCUCUUCUGUCUCAACAGCAAUCUUGCCAGCAACAACAAACUGCCAGUGCUCAGCAGACUUCCAAUUUUCCGACGCAAAGCUAUCAAUUAGAUCCAGCGACAGUCGGAGGAUACACGACCAAUCAAGUUCCACCUGCUCCAUUCUCGUGUAUGGAUGUUGAUUCAGAAACUGACAGUAAUCACGACACAGCAUUGACCUUAGCUUGUGCCGGAGGGCAUGAAGAUCUCGUUGAACUUCUUCUGAGUCGUGGUGCAGAUAUAGAACAUAGAGAUAAGAAAGGAUUUACUCCACUCAUUUUGGCUGCAACAGCGGGUCACCAGAAAGUGGUCGAUAUUCUGCUCAAUCAUGGUGCUGACAUUGAAGCACAAUCUGAACGUACCAAGGAUACACCAUUGUCUCUUGCGUGUAGCGGAGGCAGAUACGAAGUAGUCGAGCUCCUACUUAAUCGCGGUGCAAAUAAGGAACAUCGCAAUGUUUCUGACUAUACACCCUUAAGUCUCGCGGCAUCUGGCGGUUAUGUGAAUAUAAUAAAGCUGCUACUCAGUCAUGGUGCCGAAAUUAAUUCUCGUACCGGCUCGAAAUUGGGUAUAUCUCCACUUAUGCUUGCUGCUAUGAAUGGGCAUACUGCGGCAGUCAAAUUAUUGUUGGAUAUGGGUAGUGAUAUCAAUGCACAAAUCGAGACAAAUCGUAACACGGCAUUGACACUCGCGUGCUUCCAAGGAAGACAUGAAGUUGUUAGUCUUCUUCUCGAUCGAAAAGCCAAUGUUGAACAUCGAGCUAAGACGGGUCUAACACCGCUAAUGGAAGCUGCUAGCGGUGGAUACGUCGAAGUUGGCCGCGUGUUACUUAGCAAAGGUGCGGAUGUUAACGCAACACCUGUCCCAUCAUCUCGUGACACUGCCCUAACUAUUGCCGCUGAUAAAGGUCACUGCCGUUUCGUAGAACUCUUAUUGACGAGAGGAACUCAAGUCGAAGUAAAAAAUAAAAAGGGUAACAGUCCAUUAUGGUUAGCUGCAAAUGGCGGGCAUCUUAGUGUCGUAGAUCUAUUGCACCAUGCGGGUGCAGAUAUCGACUCGCAGGAUAAUCGUAAGGUUUCCUGUCUGAUGGCCGCUUUUCGAAAAGGUCACAUUAAAGUGGUCAAAUGGAUGGUGAAUCAUGUAACGCAAUUCCCAAGUGACCAGGAGAUGACGAGGUAUAUAGCAACCGUUAGCGACAAGGAACUCUUGGAGAAGUGUCAGGAAUGCGUGAAAGUAAUAAGAGCGGCUAAAGAGACGCAAGCUGCUAAGGCGAACAAAAACGCUACCAUACUGCUGGAAGAGCUCGAUAUGGAAAAGACGAGAGAGGAAUCGAAGAAGGCAGCCGCUGCGCGAAGACGAGAGAGAAAGAAAAAAAAGAAGCUCGAGAAGAAAGAGGAGAAACGGAAACUUCACGAGGAGUAUAAAAAGAACGAAACAGCUUUCGAGGACAAAGAGGAGAACGGAAAGAAAUCGGGCGACGAGGAAUGCGAUCGGGUGGAUGACAGCGAACACGAGGGUGGUGACGAGAGAAUGGAGACCGUGCCAUCACCCAUGAACAGAAGUCCAGAGGAUCCUGAUAGAGAGGAAGGUGACAGUGGAAUAGACGCGAAUAGUCAAGGAAGUUGUAGUAGCAAUGACGUAAAGGCAAGAGAAAAGAAGAAGGAUAAGAAGAAAAAAAAGAAUAAUACUCCUAAUAACAACGACAAGAAUACAUCUCCGCAACGUUCACCCAAAACACUUCUUACACAAAACAAUAAUUUAUCUCAAAAUAUAGCAACAUCGACCAAGUCCCAAAAUAAUACUUCGGAAAAGCGAAUUAUGACUAAUAUUGCCAGUGCAGUAUCUGUAUCCACAACUUCAGUUACGACCAGGACAUCCACUACCGUCAGUUCUGAUCGAAAAUUGAAAGGUCAAUUGGUUUUUGAAUCCUCUAGGCAUCCUGCUGAUAGAGAAGAUUUCGAAGCGACUGGUAAUGAAACUUAUGUUCCCGGCAAAGGAAAAAAAUCGUAUAAUAAUCAAUACGAUGGAGAUGCUCUAAAUACAUUGACCAAGAUAAGCAACACUAGUCCUAAACAAGGCGGAAAACGCGAGGAAGGAUGGAAGGAGGUUGUACGAAAGGGACAAUCGGAUGACUCGGGAAGAUUUAUGAAUUCGCCAUUCCGUUCCAAAAAGGUAUCCGUUCCGCCGAACGCUAUUAGUCGAGUGAUAGGCAGAGGUGGCAGUAAUAUAAAUGCCAUUCGUGUUGCAACGGGCGCGCACAUCGAAGUAGAAAAGCAAAGUAAAUGUCAAGGGGAAAGAAUCAUCACGAUUAAGGGAUCGUCUGAAGCUACAAAACACGCUCAUGCAUUGAUAUCACUACUUAUCAAAGAUCCUGAGGCGGAUAUAUUGCAAGUACUUUCAAAAUCAAAGCUCAAUGUCAUAACAACUUCUUCAUGGGACAAAACUAUCACAGUUGCAGCAGCAUGUAAAGCGAAAGUUGGAUCUGUAAAUAAACCAUCUAAUCUAACAUCCAGUACAACUAAUAAUCAAGUUAAUAAACCAGGAUAUCCUUCAGGCGUAUCUACUGUAAGCCAAUUGGUUCCUCUUCGUUCAUCGUCCACUAUUAAGCUUGCUAGUGCUUUCUCUACUUCUUUACCACGUGCAACAGCACCUAGACUCGUAGCUGCAGCAGAAAAGCGCGCGCAAGCUGUAGCCGCGCAAAUGGCCUCUUCGUCAAACACCAAGACGACGAUGUCGUACACAAGUGCAAUCAUGACUGCUGGUAGAGCAGGAACAAAGAUUGUUGCGACUAACACGACGCAGACGUUUGCGGCGAAGCUGUCCGAAAUCACUGCCUCGACCCACAGCUCUACAACGGUCAUGCAAUCCACUCACGUCGCACCUGUGAAUAAGCAACAGAAGCCUGGUGCUCAAGUCGUGACAGUUAUGUCGGCCGCAGCGACCGUUCAUACAACCAACAACCAGCAACAACAGCAGUCUAUAAUCAGUACGUCGCCGAAACACUGCCGAUCACUGCCUACUUUGUCUGCCCCACCGGCAAUUAGCGGCUAUCCCGGAAAAUCGAAUUACCCGCCUGGAACGAGCGCGAUUUUAUCAUCAGCCACAAGUACCGUGGCGAUGACAAACUGCUCGGAGAGUUCGAUCGUGUCAACGUCAACCAAUUCCAUUCGAAUGACAUCUUCGCCACCCGUAUCGUCGCAGACGCAAACGUUGCCGCCACCAUCGCCAGCACAGCAGCAACAAACUGUUCGAAGCACAACACCAAUUGUGAUGCAAGAACAGCAACAACACCAGCAGCAGCAGCAGCUACCUAGUAGCACACCUCUCGAGUAUUCUUUAUUUAACGAUACUUUCACCAAAGUUACGCAACAGUCGAUGUGGGGCGGAAGGGAGAACGAAACUCAGAAAGGUAUGAAUUUCGCGACUGUUGCGGGCGGUGGUGUAUCGUCAAAUACGGGUUCCAACUCGUCUGCAGCUAAGUUUGACAGUUCUCCACCUCAGGUGGAUGCAUCCAAAGCACCUGGAUAUCGUGGAGCAACAAUGUGUUCUCCAGUCUCCAGCAAGCCAGGUAUCACGGGCAACUCAUCGGCUAAUAUAAUCGGUAACGUGGUAUCGUGUUCUGUACAGAACAAUCCCAUGCAAUCUGCACAAUAUCAAUCUUCGACGAGCUAUAGCGAGCAUCCGUUACCAAAUAAACCGCCGGGAGGUCUAGCGGUGGCUAGACCGGUGAUGCCCCAACAGAGUAUCGACAUGGGAACAAACAUGGCAGCUGCGCAAUACAAUAGGCAAACGGUCUUUCAAGGUGACUUGUCAUCGCGAACCGCGACAGCCCACCAACCGGCGGCCCAUGUGAUACCAUCUUCUACGUCGCAGCCGGGAUUGGACGUUGGUUUGUUCAAGACGAAUAACGCCGGUGGCUACGAGCAUCCAAAUUCUAACCUGCUGAAGAUGGUGCCGAACGAGAACCAGGGCGGCGCCGGUCAUCCCCUGCUACCAUUUCACCCGCAUAUGCAGAGCUUCGCUCAAACCAUUGCACCAGCCACCUCUGUGAUCAAUACCACCGUCAGUAUGUCGAGAUUGAACCCUCGCGCUCCCGACUUUUCCAGCUCGUUGCAUCUGAGCAAUAAGUCGCAGGUAAUGUUCAAUCCCGCCACCGGAUCGGCAUUGCACCCAGCCAAUAUGUUCACGGCUACCGUGCCAGCGCCUCCGCCAUCCGCAAUGCAAUCCAACAAUUUAGCGAUGCUUGGCAACUUCCCGUUGGGAAAGUAUCAAGCGCCUUCACGUGCGACGCCGGCGGCAAAUACCGGUAUUUCAACAACGGCUCAGACACGUUGGCCAUUUGCACCAGCACCACAUACCAAUUAUCCUCCACAUCAGGAUCCCAUGAUGAGUCAGAUUGGUUUCUCCAAUCACUUGGCCAACAUUGGUGGGCAACCUGGCGGUAGUGGUAUCGAUCUGAUUACGAGUUUGGAGAACGGUGGUUCACCGGCCAUAUCCCCCACAUCAUCGGCGCAAGUCACACAAGAGAUGAACCAAUUAAAAAUCGAGGACCGUAAGGUGCCACGACCGAUCGGUACUGAGAGAGCCACAUGGAAGAAUUACUCGGCCGCAAACAUGGGUCCGGGCGGAGAUGCUGAUACUAUUAGUUGGAUGCUCAACAACGACAAAUUAGGUUGGUCUAACUGCAACAUGGCACCUGGCAUCGAUAGACAUCAAAUAUUCCGAUCGAAUUCCACUUACAAUCAACGUAUGCCCAACGUCGACCCCGAGCUUCAUCAGAUGAUGGAGUCCACCUUUCAGGGUCACGUGGAUACCCAACAACCUUAUCCAGCUAACGGAAACACCGCGGCUUUGUCACUUAUACCAAACUUGCAAUUAUUGCCAGGACAAUUUGGAACACCUGGCCUGGCGGAAAUCCCUCCGAAUGAACCGAAUAAGAUAGAUCCACCAGCAUGGGGAAUGCCUGAUGCCGUGCAAGACAAGCAACAUCAGGUAAAAUUUUUUCCUGAUUCUGACGUGGACUAAAUGGACUCAUUAAAAAACCAAAUCACGUUGACACAGCUUCAACCUUUAAACCUGACGAUGGAAAUUUUGCAAUUCGUAGUAGUAAUAGUCUUGAAAUCGUUUAAUUAUUUGUAGGCGCAUAAAUUUACGAUCUUAUUCAAUCCCAGAUUCUUUAUAUUACAUAUCAUGCUAAAAACAUGAAGUCCUUAAUUAUUCAACUUAUUGCUAUUAUUAGAAUAUAUCAACUUAAUUAUAAUGUAAAGAGUAUAAAAGAGAAACAGAAAGAAUAAAAGCCCGUCUACAUUUCUAUUCGCAAAACGUAAAGAACGCAGAUGAUGCGUUUGCAAAUUGCAAAAAGUUGGAGUUUAUUUAACUUAUUGCGUGCCAAUACAUCAUUCUGCGUCUGCAUUUUGCGAAUAGCUAUCCAUGUAGACGGUCCUUAAAAUCAGAAAAAGGAAACAAUAGAAUGAUAGUAAUUUGACGGUAUGAUCACUUCAGGUUUGGAUAUUAAUCGCGCGGACAGUCGCAUGCUCCUAUCAGUUAUUAAUUAGCACGAAUCAUAAUUAAUAAUAAUUGAACGUUAAUAAUGAUUAUUUUUUUCCUAUUAUUGGAAAUAAUCUGAAUUUGCAAUACUUGAAAUAUCUUGAACAAGACACUCCCCAGGUCUAUCGCGAUGAGAUCUAUAAACGCACAUUUUUACGUUUUACGCUAUCACUUCAGCUUCUGCAGUAAUGAUGAUUAACUAGCUUGGAAUCAAUUUGAGCUUUUACAAAGCGGAAUUUUUUGGUUCGAUGAUUGAUAUAAAUUAUGAGUUAUUUACAAUAAGGGCAGCUGUUCUUCUUUAUACCAGAUAAUUAAUGAAAAGAGAUUAUUGCGUUAUUAUUUAAAAGAUUUGCUGUAAUAAUAUGAUGUACGAGUAUAAACAGUUGUAUAAAUACUUGCUUCGUAAUUUCGAUUACUUCCAUUGCAAAGUGAGGUCGAAGAAUAAGCAAAAGAUAGAGAGACAUAGAAGAAUCUUACAGAAAACUGUCAACUUCAUUAAAAAAAGAAAAAAAGAAGAAACGAAAAACUGGAUAUUAUUCCUUUUCCACCUUUGCACCUGUGCUUGAAUCCGUAAUUAUCAUUUUGCGGUAUCUGACCAUUUUUUUUAAAGCGUGGUGCUGUGCCCAGAACAGAUCUGCUAAGAAAAAAAAGCAUUUUUUUUUGCGCUAAACUCCCGAUUACGUCUAGUCGCGCUGAGCGCGUCUAUUGUUUGGCAUAGCUUCAAUUGUAUAGAUCUCAUUAGUGGCUAUACGUUGGUGUUAUGUCAAUAAACAAUUGAAGAUACGUACGAAAUCAAGACGAACAAUAUAUUAUUGAGGUUUCAGUUGUCCAGCCGGCUAGGUAUAUCUUUUUUUUUAUUUUUUUUUUACUUUAUAGGCACAAUUAUUAAUCAAUCAUCAUAACGUUUUAUUUCAAGCAGAUCAACCGGACAGAUUUGUAUGAUACUCCUAGCGAGUUUUAAAUCAAGCACAUACAUACACAUAUUAUACACACACACAAAAUAUACACGCCACGCGUAAAUGACCAUGUUCUUGAAAUCGAAUUUAUCUAAGCAUUAUAAGAAAUGUCACGAACCGAAUAUACACUGUAUUAAUAAUAUGUGCACCGAAUUCCUUAUUCAGAUCAAUGAAUAUUGUUCAUUGUUAAAGUGGUAGUGGGCCGCCAAUGCAUAAAAAAUAUAGCUGUGCGUCCCUAGUACGACAGUGCUAUUAUAAUAUUAUUGCUGUGUGGUGGUAAUGUUUAUUAUUAUAUUAUAGUUAUUAUAUAUUAUACACACAAGACAUAAAUAUAAGAAAGAAAGAAACAAGUACACAUAGAGAAAUGUUACCCGCUAUUUCGGCUGGACUUAGUAAUAAUAUAAUAAUAUUAUAUAGAUAUAUAUUCGAUAUAUAUGAAAUGUUCAUUUUGAUUGAACAUUUGAAAAUCUUUCUUGGUGGGGAUUUCGGCAAGUGUUCAAUACAUAGCGACGAUAUAAUGUAAUUGAAACGAUCCCCCAGACGCUAUAAGUUUCAAUGACAUGAUGAUAUGAAGCUCAUGGAAAUCAUAUAAGGGCUUUUUGACCUAUAUUCCAAGGAGCGCUUCAAUUAUUCUCUAAGAGUACAUUGUUAUAAUUUAAAGCCUAUUUUCAAAUUUGAUUUAUGAUAACUGCGAUAUAUAUGAUAUAAAACUAUUAUAUGACAUAUAACAAUAAAGCAAAUAAAUAAAUAUAACGACGA